AUGUCAUUGAAAUUUCAAAGAUGCGUUAAGUGUAAAAUGUGGAAAAACUGGCAGCUGUUCCAUGCUACGGACUUUCAAUCGCUUAUGUAUCCUUGCUUCACCUUUUGCCGCAUACUUGGAAUAUUUCCGUAUCGCAUCAACGCUUCUACUUUUGAAAUUAUAAAAUGGCACUAUAUUCUGACAACUGUUAUUAUUUGCGUUUUUUGUAUUUAUGAACUAAUAAUGCUGUAUAUGAUCGACAUUACUGGAACGAUCGUGUAUAAUACUAUACCUUUGACUCUUGAACGUAACUGUUUUUUCUUUCUCGGCGGGUUUAUCAUGAUUGUUACCUACAUUAUGAACGGUCCACGAAUGCACUUGCUCCAAAGUAUAAUGGAAAUCUCUUUGAGACUGUCUCCUGAUUCGUAUCGAAAGCUGUCUAGACUGAUUCACGCUAAAGAUAUUUUCGGUUCCUUUCUUCUAAUCGGACGAAUAAUAUUUUAUUAUUCUAUAGAAGAUUUUGAUAACGUAGACAAGAUUCUCGUAAUGUAUGUCGUCUUGAUAGUAUUUCACGUGGAUAUGUUGUAUAUGAAUUGUGUAUGCGUAUUAAAAGCCUGUUUUAAAGAAAUCAAUGAUAAUCUGACAAAUUUGCGGGAGCUUGUGGUGAACAAUGAACAGUAUCUUUUGGGGAGAACUUAUCACGAACAGAGAAAACCAUUUCUACUAAUGAAACUGAAAGCUUUGAAAACACAGCAUUUGAUGGUCAGUGACGUAGUGCACAUGUUGAAUACGAUUUUCAGUCUACAGCUACUCGCUACUAUAGUUAUGACUUUUGCUGAGCUUACCUUCUAUCUGUAUUUUUAUAUAAUUCAUUGGAAAUCUGACAUGAAUGAAGACUACACGCUUUAUAAUGCGUUUUUGGCAAUAUCUUUAACAUAUCAAUGCAUCAAAAUAUCGUUAAUAGGAUGGGCUUGUGAUACAGGCAAGGAUGAGGCUAUGAGGGUCGGUACCACCAUUCAUGAAAUACUGAACGACACUAUCGAUGAACAAAUUGAAGACGAAUUGCAGCUGUUUUCCUUGCAAGUACUGCAUCGGGAAAAUACAUUUUCCGCUAAGGGUCUUAUACUAGACGCAACGCUUCUCGUUGCGAUAGUGAGUAACAUCACUACAUAUUUAUUAAUUUUAAUACAAUUUUUAAUCACUGAGCAAGUUUGCAAUAAAAAGAUUGCGAACAAUAUCACAUGA